AAAUAAGCUGUGUUGUGUGAUAUGAUCAUGAAAGAACACUUCCUGUUUUCAGUUACCUUUACUGAAUGCCAGUGGAAACUAAAAAAACCUACAUGAAAUGGUUGGGGUGGUUUUAAGUUCGAAAUGUUGGGUCUUUCGAAACAAAGUUCAAAAUUUCAACCUAAAAUUGUCUGCCUUCAGUUUAGGUUAUUUCCAUUUAUAUUUAUGGCAUUUAGCAGAUGGCCUUAUCCAUAGCGACAUAGAAAAGUGCUUUGAAGUUUCUAUAAAUGAAUACAUCUAUACUGGUUUACUAGGUCAUAGACAAGGAUACCAUGAGUCUAAAACUCUGUUAAGAAAAACGCAGAAACUUGUCAUUGUUCCAAUCUGAAUAUUCAUAGAAUUCGGAUUGUGCAUUACUAUCUGGAAUUUCCAGAAACACAUCAUGUCAUGAAAUGUGUUAUUCAGUGCAGAUUUAAAAUCUUCAGGUGGCCUAAAUGUAUUAUUCAUUAGGAAUGGGCUUUCAUAGUCAAAAGCUGCAAGAUAACACCAUCUUGUGUUGCACAGCCUGAAAACUGUUCUCUGUCUACUUAAAGAAAUUGAUCAUGGAUAACAACUCUUUACACAUAUUAGGAAUCUCAGAUGAAAAUGUGUUUGUCCUGCAGGAAAAAAACCCCCACAAAUAUAUAUUUGGUUAUGGCAAUGAAAUGUUAAGUGAUUUUAAGUUCUGCAGUCCUGCAAAGAAAGACAAAAUGAUAUGAGACUAUUAAAAUUGCAGAGGCCCACCCCACUGUCAUAUUUUAUUAUCUUAUAAUGUUCCUGUAAGGCUUUAACAGCUGCUAGACAAUAGGUCUACGUCGGGUAUGUCUCAUUUGUCUUGGUUUAAAUGUAUAGCCUAUAAUUUGCUCUGUAAAACCAUAAACGUGACAUUUAUGAUUCCCAUAGGCCUACAGGAGCGAAAUGACUUCUACAUGGAGAUGCACUGUCUUCAUCCAAUAACCAAUUAGAGUUAAGGUCAGAGCAAACGAGUGCCGAAACUCAACCCGGUAACCUGGAGACGCGGAGAAACCGAUCACAGUGUAACUCAACCCCGAGGCGACAUUUUACCAUCCCACUGUAUUUCUAAACAAUUAUCCAGAGAAAACAUGUAGCCUGUUAUUUUUUAUUUAUUUUUAAUAUAGGGAAGUUAUUGUUUGCAUUGCUUACUUUAAUGCGCAGGGCUCCAGGGAUGCCGUGUGUUUAAUGUGUGUGUGAUUCCGAGCAUGAUGCCAAGCAGGCAGAAGAAAGUGUUGUUCUCUCUGGCUGGUGUACUGAGCUUUGCCUGUGUGCUGAUCGUAGCUUCAGCUAUGGGAGGUAGGAACUGGGUGAAGGCGACUGUGUUGUGCAAAACAGGCGCUCAGCUGGUUAAUGCCACUGGAUCUGAGCUGGACAAAUUCAUCGGGAGCUUAAACUACGGCCUUUUCCACGGACAGGGGCUGAAACAGUGUGGACUGGGGGGAAGACCUUUCUCCUUCUCGUUUUUUCCUGACCUGGUGGAUGUGAUCCCAGCUAGUCUGCAUGUGAGUGUCAUCAUCUUCUGUGCAGUGCUCAUCCUCUUCUCAUCCUUGUGUUCUGCCUUCUUCAUGUACAAUGCCUUUGGAAAUCCAUACGAGACACUGCACGGACCUUUAGGCCUUUACCUGUGGAACCUGAUCAGCUGUCUGUGCAGCUGUCUCAUCCUAAUCCUCUAUGCAUCUGAGGUCAAACUGCAUCGCCUAUCUGAAAAGAUUGCUAACUACAAAGAGAGCACUUUUGUCUACAAGACUUACAGUGAAGCAUUCGACUGCUCUUUCUGGCUUAUUUUCAUAGUUUUCCUUGUGCAUGGCCUUAACAUCCUUCUGAUCCGCCUAGCGGGUAUCCAGUUUCCCUUCCAGGAGGCCAAAGAGUCAGAUGCCAACACUGGUGCAGCAGAUCUCAUGUACUGACUAGCUCUAUUGUCCAAUAACCACCCCCUGGAUGUGACAUCCUACCACGGCUAUUAGCUCUCCUCAGUUAGAGUCUCGCAUCUUGCACCAUCUGUUGUUCUGAUUUGUUUACAGCUGAAUAGAUGCCACAUCUGAGCCUUUUUAGUUGCAUCUUAUCACUUUCAGAAGAGGAACAAACUUGGAAAUGGUCCUGGCUGUGUGUGUGAGACAUGAGCCUUAUCUCAUUGUGGGGAGGCUAGUGGAGGGACCCAGUCUUUCAGCUGGACUCCUGAUUAGGCAUUCUGUUAACUGCCAUCUCAAUUAAGGCUCAGUAUUUUAAAUACCUGUUGAAAUGCAAAUACCUGUUUGUUUUGUCAGCAUGGAAACUAUUUAUUUUUCCAUAGUACAUGCAUCUUUUAAAUUAGUAACAUUACACUAAACAAUGGAUGUUUUAUUUGGUGAUGCUUUUAUUUAUAUAAUGAGUGUAUAUACCCCUUCUUCGAUGUGCCAAUGAUCCUGAACUUUGAAUAGAAUUCAAUUAUAAGAAAUUUUUUUUUACUGUAAUCCUGUUACAGCAGAGAGACUCAUUUCAUAAUAAAAGAAAGACUUAGUUGUAUUCAUAUGUAUAUUGGUUACCAUGAAGAAUGCAAAGGGAGUUGUUAAUGUUCAUGGUCAAUCUGAACUUUAAAAAUGUAAUUAACCUACUUUACUGUUAAUACAAAUAGGAAUUCCAAACUGUGUGGUAUAAUAGCAAUGAUUCAAGCUUUGACAAAACAUUGACACAGUGACAGUGCUCUGGUUUUGAGAACACCAUCCAUAGUUCAUGGUCAAAAAUAGAGAAGUUUAAAUCAAAUAAACUUCUGUUACUGUGAUUCUACUAAAUUCAGUGUCUGUUUUAGUGUUUUAUGGAAUGCAUAAUAUGUACAUAGAUAACAUUUUCUCUACUUGGUACCAAUUUAUGUCGAAUGUAACUUUCAGUUUUAGUUUGUAUUUUAUUUAAAUUGAUUACAU